UGGUGGCGCUGCAGCAGUCGGGACUGCGGGCCGCGCUAGCUGCCCUGCCGCACCUGCGCUUCUGCAUCCUCUUUGGCGGAAUGAAGAGCCGCCAUCCCGGCCAUGUGGCCGCCUUUGACGCGCUCUCCGGCAAGGUUCCGUGUCCCUCGCUUCACGUGUACGGAGACAAGGACGCGCUCAAGAAUCCGUAUUGUGUUGAGCUGGCGGACUCCUUCCAGACCUCCACCGUGCUGCUGCACCAGAGAGGGCACUCCAUCCCGCCCCUUCAAGGACCGCAGCUAGCCGUGGCUAGGGCCUUCAUCCUAUCCGCUGCGGCUUUGGCGGAUUCGCCGCCGUCGGUGUCAGCAGCAUCAAGAACAGCAGUUGCGUUUGCGGAAGCGAAUGUGGCACCUCUAGCACCUCCAAGCUCUACAGCGUCAUCGAAGUCACAACAAUGGCAGCCAAAGCAACAGCCGCAACAGCUGCAGCGGCAAUCCACAGCUGCUGCUGCUGACGGCUGCGGCGAGGUCGAGCGGAGCCGCAGCAAACUAACCCUAAGUAAACUUUGAUACCUACCGGUAUGUUGAGCUAUGGUAAACUUGAAAGCGCGGUGUUAUUGUGCAAACCGGUCUGUGACGUGUAAAGCGCUAGUGCGAAAAUGUUCAUCAUACCUUACCUAACUUAACGGAUGCCUACGAUGCGAGAAUGAGAGGCUAUGGGCGUUAUCGUCGCGAUCAGUGGCGACGAGAAUGCGUACGAGUAUGAUACUAUUGCAGAGUGAAGCAGGCUUGAGGAACGGGAAACUACGGAAGGUGCGACGAGGGCCACGAGGUGUGCUGAUAAGACCGGAGUUGAGUGGUGUGACGGCGGCCAUGCACGACAGGGGGGGGAGGAAAAGAGGGAGAGAAACGUGGAGGCAGGAGCAGAGUGGAAGAGAAGCUGUGGCUGUUAGGGACCCCGUAUCCUGCUUGGGCCCAAUGACCCGAGUAUUGGUCAAUCCUGGGGCACUUCCUAAGUGACUUUGGCCGGUAUGGCCAGUACGGUGACGGGGCGAAGGGAAAUGAUUAUGGCGUAUGGUUGGGACUUGGGAGGACUAGGUUCGGGCUUGUAACAUCUUAAUGGUGCUGUGGGCUGCAGCAAACAGGGCUUAUGGAUAUAACCAGGAGGAAACGGCCAGAACUUUCAAAGGGAUAAUUGCAUGACCAGCCGUGCGUGGGGGUGCUGAAGCGGCGUGGAGGUGGAGGUACAGGCUGCUUUGGUGUUUAUUGACAGCCAAUAUGGUUGCAAGCCAUCACUAUGGACGACUUUUGAUCUCUAGCCCAUCUUUGUUCCAUAGUUUAGUAGUGAUAACUGUGGAUAACUGGGGUAGAUUACGAAGCGUCGUUGGGUGAAGUACAGGUCGGCCUCGUACGGGUAGCUCAUCAGUUGGGUUUUCUGGCUACGGAUUGGGCUGCUUUUGUAAUCACCCUAUGCACACUGAGUUUAUCACUUGCGUAAGUGCAUUUGAUUGCGCAGGAAGGAAGCACACCGCUCCAGGGACAGACCGUACUUUGCCGCAUGUUGCGUAACUUCGCUAAUACGGAUGGUGCUCGGUUAUUUGGAUACCAUUGAUAGUCCUUUGUUACAGUCACGUACGAGAGCUUGCAGCUUUAGUUUACGACAUGACCUUUCCUAGGAUUUGAACGGUCUGGCUGACAAGGAAUCCAGCGCCCGGUUAUCUAUCGCUAGUUGUAUAGGGUUCUAUGCUUAGAAGUACGUCUCAUUUCAAUAGGUCCCACUGCCUGAGGAGCCACAAUUAGAGUAGGCCAACUUGGGCUCAUAAGCUGCAUCCUGAGUCGAAGAUAAUGCAGCCAAUUGUGUAAAGGUCGCGUCAUAUUGAAGAAUGCCGCAUUACAAUGGAAUGCGCCAGCGCUCGGGUGUGGCGUUGCCUCCACAGAAGAGCGAGCCGGCCCCGGCGCCUGCUUCUGCAUCGCCAGCACCGGAGGAGGAUGCUGAGGACCCAGAGGUGUUCUACGGGUGGAUGAAAACUUGGGCAGCGACUUUGGCUGGCGUUUUCGUGUACUUUGGAGCGCGAUGGCUCGUGGAGUAUAUGUUGCCGCCAAAUCAGGAUGCAUAUGCUGAGUUGAUGAAGGCGGUACCGCCCAUUGUCUACCAAAUGAGCUCAACGGCGUUCUUUACGGCGCUAGUGUUAAACCUAACAUCCUUGCUUUUUGAGGACAACGCGCCCAAGCGCCAGCUAGCAUUGCUGAGCGUCGCCAUUAAGGGUGCAGCAUGUCACACAGACAUGCUGCUGGUCACUGGUCGCACGACUGUCAUCUACGACGCAUUCGGCUCCAUCAUUAUUCCGCAGCGCUACGUGCAAUGGCUGGUCACCACACCCACCAUGGUGUACAUCCUGUCCAAGAUAUCGGACUUCACGCCGCGGCAAACCGCCACCGCCAUUGUCAUGGAUGUGGUAAUGAUUCUGUCGGGCUUCGGCGCCAACCUCGUGCCUGGGCCCUACCUGAACUGGCCGUUGUUCGGCUUGAGCAUGCUUUGCUUCGUGGGUGUGAUGUACAUGAUGGGGCUCAUGGUGUUCUCAGCCAUCAAGGAACACCCCAGCGCCUCCUCACGCCGCUCGCUGCUCUUCAUCUACAUGUGCACGCUGCUUAUCUGGGUGCUGUUUCCGGUUGCGUGGAUUCUGCAUGUGAUUGAGGCCAACUCGCCACAAGCCGAGUACCUCAACGUGUUCGCAAACUUCAUGGCGAAGGUGCUGUUCUCCUCAUCAAUCAUGUACGGCAACUACAUGACCAUCGCGCAGCGGCGCUUGCUGGCUCAGCAGGCGGCUGAGAACGCGCACCGCGUGAGGAUGAUCCAGGACUUGAAGGACGCCGUGACGCGGAAGGAUCAGUUCAUGAGUCUGAUGAGCCACGAGCUGCGCACGCCGCUCAAUGGAAUCAUUCAGCUGUCUGACGCACUGGUACGAGGUGCGGGAGGCGAAAUGAACCCCAAGGGGCAGCACUUUGUGAAAACCAUCAAGAACAGCUCCAACCACCUCCUCAACAUCAUCAACGACAUCCUGGAUGUGGCGGCGCUGAAGGAAGGCAAGCUGACCAUCAAGCACGAGCUGUGCUCUCUGGCUAAGGCGGUUGACCACGUGGUGGAUAUCGUGGCACCGCUCGCUAAGAAGGACGUGGUUAUCGAGCGGUCCGUGGAUCCUCGCACGCCCUGCAUCAUAGCGGACUUUAGCCGUGUUAUCCAGAUCCUGUACAACCUCAUUGGCAACGCCCUAAAGUUCACGCACAAGGGCCAGGUAGCGGUGCGCGUGUCUCCGUCUGGGGGCGGCUCCAGUGUCAUCAUGCAAGUGUCGGACACCGGCAUAGGCAUCGCACCCGACCGUAUCAACAGCAUCUGGGGGGCGUUUGAGCAGGUGGACAUGUCCGUUACACGCAAGUACGGCGGCACGGGUCUGGGCCUCAACAUCGUGAAGCAGCUGGUGGAGGCGCACGAGGGGCGCAUUGAGUGCCGUUCUGUGGAGGGUGAGGGCACCACCUUCACUGUCACGUUGCCGGUCAUGCAGGGCAGCACGCGGAAGAGUCUGGAAGUGCAGGUGUUAGAAAGCCUGUCGGCGUGCGGACACGGAGGUGCCAAGGAGGCGCUCAGCAAGCGGCGGCCCAAGCGCAUGCCGGGAUCUACACAACUGAGCGGGGCCAUCGAGGAGACCAUCUCGCAGCUGACCCGGGGGCUGGCGAGGCGACCAAGCGGGGGUUACACCACGGAGGCCGGCUCGGAUGGUGAUGGGGGCGGCGGCAACAGCCACAGCCAUGACGACGAGGAAACGCUAUACCGCCGGAGAACCAAGGAGCUAGAGCGAGAGAACUUGAUGGGGGAUUUGCAGCGCCGUACAGAGCACAAACGCUCCAUAGACGAAGCAAGCCGUGUGUCGAAGCAGCUGCACCUCUCAGCACCGGAGCGCCGAGCCGAGCGAGACAGCCGCUCCCUCGAGCGGCCGUCAGAGCUUGAAGUUGAGGAGCGGCUAGUCGGUGCGGAGGGCAGCAGCAAAUGGGCAACAUCAGCGGCCAGCCGCGGCGGCUAUGGGGCGUCGGCUGGGGACGAUGGAGGUGACGACGAUGGUGCAGGAAGAGGUUUCUGGACUGCACGGCGAACGAUAAAAUCGGAGGAUUCUGGGUCUAACGGCGGGAGAAGGCCCCGCCGCAGCGGCUGGCAGGCAGGCGUGCCUGCGACGGUGACUGGGAUGCAGGCUGCUACUGCUGCAGUUACGUCACAUAGCGGAGGUCGCUUUUCUGUGGCGGGUGCGUUCCCCGACGGGGAAGAUGAUGCGCACGAUCGUCACCAGAGGACAAGCAUUGACCUGCAUGUAGGUGUAGGCUAUGUUAAUGCGGGUGGCGCCGGCAACUGCAGCAGUGCAAGCACAGCGACGGGCUUUCGCAAGCUGUCGGGUUCGACCUCCUUGAGCAAUAGCAAACCAGGCGCGGCUUGCUUUCCACACCGCAUGUCAGCGUUCGGGAGCAACCGUGGCGGCGGUGGCAUGUAUCCGCAGCCGCAUUCUUUUGCCAACGGUGGCGGCAACUGCAGCGGCUCUGGACUCACCAACCCGCUGUUUAAAUCAGCGUUGGAAUCCGAUCUCUACCGCAACAGCUUUCGGCGGACGUCCUUUGAUGAAGCCAGCAGCGUGGGUGGCGAAAUUGAGGCGGGAUCAAUGGAAUCCAUACUCAUGCAGCGCAGCUCAAGCCGACGGGGCAACAAGACACCUGCCGAGCGAGGCAGCAAGCUGCAUAACAGCACAACCCUAGCAACAACAACCUCCAGCAGCUGCACCAUGCCACCUCCGCCACCGGGCCUUACGUUGGAUAAGCUGGCGUACAGCGACAUGUACGGCACGGUUCAGAUCCUGUCAGUUGACGAUGAGGAGGUAAAUCAGAUUGUGUUGGAGGAGAUCUUGACAAGCUCUGGGUACCAUUUUGCGCGCUGCAUGGACGGGUUGGAAGCGCUGGAGUGGCUGUGUGCCUCUGAAACCAUGCCGGACCUCAUUCUGCUGGACUGCAUGAUGCCCAACAUGUCGGGACAUGAAUUCUGCGCGACGCUGCGAAAGGUAAUCCCCGGCAACGUGCUCCCAGUCAUCAUGGUUUCCGCCAAGUCGGAUGAGGACAACAUCGUGGAGGGCCUGAGAUCUGGAUCCAACGACUUUGUACGGAAGCCGUACCAACGAGAGGAGCUGCUGGCUCGCAUUGAGACGCAGCUGCGGCUGAAAAGCGACAGUUGGUGGCUGGCUGAGCUGAUCAACAACGUGGACGGCCGCGAGACGGAGAGCAUGAAGCUCUUGAAGAACAUCCUGCCAGAAUCCAUCAUCGCACGCAUGCAGCAGGGGCAAAAGUUCGUUGCGGAUUCGCAUAGGCACGUUGUAAUCCUGUUCUCCGACAUUGUGGGCUUCACUUCGCUGUCUUCCAAGCUGCCAACUGCCGAGGUCUUCUUAAUGCUGAGCAACAUGUUUACCGCAUUUGACAAACUGACAGACCGCUUCUCCGUCUAUAAGGUCGAAACUAUCGGCGAUGCCUACAUGGUCGCUGCGGGCCACGAUGAGGACGACGAUAAGGCCCACAAGGGCUCUCCAUUGAUGCGUGUGCUGGGCUUCGCGCGCGCCAUGCUUGACGUUGUGCGCAACAUCACGGCGCCCAACGGCGAGAGACUCCGCAUACGCAUUGGAGUCCACUGCGGCCCUGCUUUCGCGGGUGUCAUUGGUAUGAAGUGCCCUCGGUACUGCUUCCUCGGAGAUACGGUCAACACCGCCAGUCGCAUGGAGUCCACGGGCUUCCCCAUGUGCGUCCAUGUGUCUGAGGACGUAUUCCGACACCACCCCAAUGCGGAGACCGAGCUGCAGGAGGUGGGCGAGCGUGAGGUGAAGGGCAAGGGCCGCAUGCGCACGUAUCUACUACGGGCCGGAGCCUGGGAGCAGGCGCUGCGCGAAUAUGCCGCACGUUUGCAGGCCGCCGCUGCUGCCGCAACUGGCUCAGCCGCCACCUCAGCCCAGCAGACAGGUGGAGGAACAGGAAGCACAACGCCCUUGCUGGGAUGCUCAUCAGACCUGCAAACACAGCCGCCUGCUGCACCGCCACUGCCGGCGCCGCCCCCGCUCAGCAUGUUGCACAGCGACUCCUUCCGUCUGGCAGACCUCGCCUGUUCCCCCGACAGCACUACCGCUGGCGGCAGCCCGCUGCUUGUGCUGGAGGCUACCGUAUCGGGAGGUAUUGGGGAGCUGUGCCAGCAGCCCCAGCAGCGGACGGGUACCGAUGACGGCUGCCAGACAGCGUCUGGGAACGGUGGUGGGUGCUUGCAAGACAUGGCACAAGCAGCGGCGCUGGCAGCUCAAUCAAACCAGUCGGCGGCAGUACGACAAUUGCCGCCGCUGUACAGUGGCGUAAGCGCCGGCGCUGGUCCUAGCGGCGGCGGCAGUUGCACCAACUCUAUUGGCCGCAGUCCCUUGUCGCGCCCGGAAGCUUUCCCGGUGCUGAAGGCUUCAGCGGGCACUGGCGGCGCUGCUGCUGCUGGUAAGGCAGCGACGGCUGGUGGCGUCGCCAUGGGGUGUGCAGCUGCACCGCAAUUGAACGCACAUGCGCAGGACAAUCGCUUGCUGGGUAAAACGUUUGGCUCGGAGGCGUACUAUCGUGAGGAUUCCUCUGAAGACGGCGCCGGGACCUUCGCAUGUGCAGCAAGCAUGAACCGCUUGCACCCACAACCUAACAGCACGAUGAUCGGGAACACGCCCAUCCCGAGCCUUUUCAACUCGGCUCGCGUUGUAUCCGGCAGUGCCGACGCCGCUGCCGGCGGCACGGCGACUGAAGCCCCGCCGCCGCCGUCCACAACGACAUCGGCGCCUUUCGAAACAGGCUCGGGUACCGCGUUAGGGCACAAAUAUUACAACGAGCUCUUCCACUCAAGCAGUGUGAUCCUGGGAUCCGGUGGCACCUGCGGCGCCGGGGCUGCGUGUGACGCUGGCGGCGGUUGGGCUCCAACGGUGGUGUUUCUGGAGCAGCGUUUGAACGGCAUGGGGAGCCAGCUGGUUUCGGAGAUGGCAGCCAGGCAGCGGCUGCAGGAGGAGUUGGACACAGAGCGGUGUCGCACCGCCGGCGCUCUGCAGCAGGCAGGGCUGCUGGCGCGGCAGCUGCGCCUCACCUCCGCUGCCGCUGCCGCCGUGGCUGCAGCAGCCCAUGGAAAGAGCUCCUCAGGCGCCAUCACUCAGCCGCCGUACAACAGUAACGGCUCUAGUGGUGUCAUCGUUGUCGGCAGCAGCAGCACGAAUAGCGGUGACAGCGCAGAGGCCGGCAGUGCUGAAGAGCUGCUGCGGAGAUCACUGGAUGCCAACCGGACUCAGCAACACCGCCAUCAAGCCGUUUCAUCGUUGGGUCAGUUGGAAGAUACGGACGUCAUCAUCCUGACGGAGGAACAGUACAACAGCAGCAGCAGCACUGGCAAUGGCGGUAACACCGGUGGGACUUCUGCCCUUCCCAUGGUUGGCGAGGCAGCUGCGACGACCUCCUCCGCCAGGGCCAAUGCACCGCAUGGAGGUGACGACUCUUCGUCAGUGAAUCCUAGCUCGCCCUUUGUCUUGACUUCUGACAUGCAACUGCAAGCUGGCAUGGUAGCUACACGACAGGUUGGAUCUAACGCCGGCAGAGGCUGCAGUCGCAGCGGCGCAACCGAUGGCAGUGGCAGGCCUGGGGCUGCUGGCAAUCUCCAGCCGUCGGCGCAGCAGCAGCAGCAGCAGCAACCGGUUGGGGACAUUGCUCAAUGCAAUGCAGCUGCCAAUCCGCCUGCAUCAGGCUACACAAGUGCAUACAUUGCGCUUGCCUCACCAAUGGGAAUCCCGAGAAAACUCAGUGCGCUGCAGUCCUUGGGCCUUGCGAGCUUACUACACCUGCCCCCAGCCACCCCCAACGGCGCUGCCAUCGCCGCCACCAGCAACACCGCAGCAACUGCCGCGGCGGCAACCGCUGGUCCCGCUAACAUGGCGGCAGGAGCGUCGCCAGGCGGCAGUGCGGUCUUGCCCCAGUCGGUGACACGUCUGUCCGUACUGCCAUCAACCCAAGUGCUACCAUCGUACGGCAUUCAGCAACUGUUUUUGGAACUGGGGUUGCUGCCGUACCUUCCACGCUUCCGCAAGGAGGCAAUCCGGCUGGACAUGCUGCUUGGCAUGGAGGUCAAGCAGUUGGAGCGGUUGGGCCUAAGACCUCUGGGCUACUGCAUUCGCGUCAAGGAGGCUGUCAUGGAGCUGGCCCGGGGUCUGCUGCGCGCGUGUGAAGAGGCUGCGCUGGUCGCUGAGGGGCUGAGCGGACAUCCGGAUAGCUCAUUCGGGAGUCAGCAGGGUUGUGCAGCUGCUGCGGCUGGCAGCAGCAGCGGUGGUGGUGGUGGUGGUUGUGCCGAAGAACAACAGCUACCACAGCAGCAGCCGCUCCAGCAGCCAAAGCACCAGCGAGACCAGCACCAUCAGCAGCAGACACAGCAGCCGCAGAAGCUCCACGAAGCAGCCCCCGUCGCGACCCCUCAUGGCCCGCACGACACCGCUGUCGCACGCAACUUGCCCUCCAGCAGCGGUAACAAUAGCAACGGCAGCGAUGGGAGGUAGCUUUGAGCGUGGCGAUGGAAGGGCUGCUGCGGAGCUUGCUGCUUUGUGUCAACGUGACUGUGACUCCACAGUCGCCGACGCAAUGACCUGUUUUGCCCUCGAGAAGUUCCCCGCGUACUGGUUUUGCAAUAAAGAUGCCGUACAGAAGAUAGAAGAAGUGACAGGGUAGAAGCGCCAUCCGGGCGUACAGUAAAGCGGGGAUAAUGAGCAGAUCUGGUUAUGGUAUUCGCUGGGCCUGCUGAGGGUUGGAGGCAGAAGGCCCGGUCAGCGCGUAAAGCAGACAGUAGCAGCUGGUGUGAAGGCACUAUCAGAGUAAUCUAUUUCAGAGUAAGCGUAAGUCGAAUAACAACGAUACGGUUGGUGGUUACCAAAGUUAUAAGAGUGAGUUUCAGACGGAGUUUCAGACGGAACAGUAACCAAAUUAAUGCCAAGUAUGUGUGUGCUGUACACAAGUGGAGCCUGAGUUUGUGUCGACGUGGUGCCUCUGCAAGGUGCCUUAAUGGAGUUUAGUGGAGUGGUUAGUUGAGGGAAAGAGGGAGGGAGGAGCGCGGGUGUUUGGCAGUAGCCGCCUCCGCUUUAGGUGUGAAGCAGAGUGGCAUUUGGAGUCCACGGAAGCGUCCAACAUCCCAACGUCAAGCCAUGCGCCUGGCACCCUUGCGGAUCGGCGCAAAGUUAGUAUGACGAGAGGAGUGCUCACAGCAUAUGUGAAAGAGGAGUGAAAUAUGGCUCCUCUUACUCUAAUUACAUACUGCUUGAAAUAUUUGCAUGACUGGAAUCCAACUGGGGUAUGAUUGGCGCCAGGCCCCGGGUGAACAACACGUUGACAUGUCUGACCGAGGGUGGUACGUUGUUACUGCCGUGCAUUAGUACCGGCGAACCAAACCGGCAGUGUCCCCUUCUGUUGACGCCCGGAUUGUUCUGUGGUGCAUGAGGGCUCGUGUUUGUUCUAUACGCAUGGACGCCUAGGUUGGGGCGAGACGAGCGUGCUUAUUUAAUAAGUUUCGCCUGUAUGCGCCGUCAUGUAAAGCUACCAGUCCAGGAUAGACUAUGUUUAACCGUUUGUAGCACAGGGAUGCAGUUUUGGGAAGCCUCGUUGCUACAUAGAGGCAGGCGCUGUUGGGUUCAGGCUUUUUGGCUCUCAAGUUAGUGGUAUUGGAAGCGUGCUAGCCUGGUUGAGUUGGCGGGUACGUUCCGUACGGGAUCCUCUAGGGUGUCUAGUUUCGCUUCCCACCUGCCUGGCGCCUUUUCUGUGGUCAGCUGUGGGUGGUGUUAGUAGACUACUAGUGAUGCUCCUGUCCCCCUUUGCGACUGCCUUGGACCUUGUUUGUCCAAGAAGUAAUUGCAAGCGUCGCAUGGAUUGAAACAUGUCAUCGUGGCAGGUCGAGGGGUGCGAUGUGUGUGUGUUUUGAGUAGUGCCGGGUAUGUUCAGUGUGUUUCUUCAUUGGACAACACUGUCCUUCUCACUCGGACCCCUCACUCGGACAAGCCAUAAAUUCCGAUCACUUCCGUGGAUAUAGAUCUGCCAACCCCGCCCCAAGGUCAAUAUGAACCAUGAACACGGCUGACCCAUGGGUCAUCGGGGAGGGCCAGUCGAAUGUUCUUAGGUAGAAGCGCCCUGGGUAGUACACUGAACCCUAUGGGCAUUUGCGGUGAGGG